AUGAAGUUCUCAUUUCAACACCGAGCUUUUUACUGUUAUAUUGGUAUGAGUAUUUGGAUUUUCUUCCUCAUAACAGUUGUCUACAAGUACAUUACAGUCAGUGACGAUCCAGUGGCAAUUAAAGUUGAUCAUAGCGUGUAUAUAUCUAAAAUUGAUAGUAAAUACAAGAAGACCUACAGCAGAGCAUGUAAUCCACCUGAAAGUAUUGUAAGAGGAUCAGAAGCGGCAGUAGAUAGCGAUACAUGGUUAUUGCAGGGAGUACUGGUGAUUACUAGGCAUGGUGAUAGAGGACCUCUGACACAUUUGAAGGGGGGUGAUCAAUUACCAUGUGACACAGUGCCUGCGUCUCCUUUAUUAAAAAGCUAUGAAGAAUUUGUCUUAAAUGCAAGUUCGUCGGGACGCGCCUGGUGGGUAGCCGGCCCGGGCCCGUUUCACAACUUCCCCUCGCUCCCUCGGACAGCUGCUACUCAUUGUGCGUUGGGGCAGCUCACCCCCCAUGGGCUGUUGCAGAUGAUUACUGUCGGUAACAUUUUACGAGAGGCAUAUGGUGAAUAUCUUGGCAUGGAAAGUAUGGAAUUAUCCGGGAAAAAAGAUACAGGCGGGCUAGCGUACAGCACUCGGUACCGGCGCACCUUCCAGUCGCUGCAGGCGCUUGCGUGGGGCGCCACGCGCAACGCGGCCGCCGCCCGCGAGGCGCACAGCGUCGCCUUCUGCUUCCGCCACUGCGCCUGCAACGCGCACCACGCGCUCGCCAAGAGAAUAAGUAUACAAGCAAGGAAUCGACUCGAUUCACAUCCAGCAAUCAAGGAAUUGAUCAAGAAGUUAUCGAGGGUUUUAUUCGAAUCUCAGGAAUACACAGAUGCUGAUGUCGUUAGAGAUGCUCUAUUAGCUUAUAUGUGCCACGACGCACCGAUGCCUUGCUCAGAACAAAAAGUAGACAAGAAACUAUCCCUAACUAAUCGGAAAAGAAAAUUUAGAUCAGAUAGCGUCCGAUCUCGGAACAUUCUCGAAGUUGACAUCGACACUUUAAACAUGGAACUCGAUUAUAUAAACAACCAAUUAGAUUUCAACAACGAGAUCGGAAGGAAAGCAAGGGAUAUCAUAAAACCAUUCGAUAAACAAAAGCAACCGCUAGACUUCGACGCUCAAAUGGAACGAGAAAAGCUUCUAUAUUACCAACAAAGAUACUUGGACAGCGCAGAUAACUACGACGAUGUCGUGAUUGUGAAGAAAAAUUUAGACGCGGAUUUCAAUUUUCCGAACGACGCUCGAAUAGACGCUGAUUUCGAUGAAGAGUACAAAGAGCCCACACCAGAUGUAUCCGAGAGUUUCUGUAUCAAAAAGGACCAUAUUAUGUCACUAUUCUCGUAUUUGGAGUGGGGUUAUCGGCAAGACGUGAAAAAUAUUAAUAAUAGGCGUCGGAGUUUGUUAAUAGCGUACGGGCUGGUACACAAUGUGGUACAGAAUAUGAUUCGAAUGAUAUCUGAGAACAAGCCCAAGUUCGUUGUGUACUCCGGACAUGAUAAAACCUUACAAGCGUUAAUCCUAGCUCUGGGGCUUAACAACUAUCAGCAUUAUAAUAUACAGUACGCGGCACGGAUGAUAUUCGAAGUGUACAGAAAGAAGGAUUUACGGGACGAGUUUAAAUUUACGAAACGGAAAGCGGUGGCUCAAGAUUUUUACUUCCGCGUCGUUUAUAAUGGGGAAGAUGUGACGCACAAAUUGAGUUUUUGCAAAAAUAGACAGAUCGUUGAUAUGAAAGUUGUUGACCCGAGCGAUGAUACGAAAACGUUUAUUACAUAUCUAUGUCCAAUCGAGAAUAUUGUCCGUUUCAUACACGACGAUUAUUUCGCUAUUUUCAACGUGAGUAAUUAUAAAGAUGCGUGCGCUGCGUAUGGGAAUGGUAAACAUAUUGUAUGAGACAAAGAUAACUUCGAAAAUGAACCAAUGAAUAAAAUAGAUUUAGGUUUUUCAUAUACGAGUUGUUUGAUGACGUAUUGUGAAAUUUAAGAAAUAGUAAAAGUAAUAAAGGUAUAUUCGUAUCUGAUAAUCACACGGCUGUAAGUUUAAGAUGUAUUAAAAUCUAGUUAUGUUUUUUAACAUAUAUAAAACCUUGCUGAUUUACGACAAAAAUACGUUAAAACAAAUUCUAAAAGCGAAUUUAUUUCAUUUAAUGAUAAUAAUUUAUUAAUUGAUGCGGCUACUUAA